GCGCCAUCUCUAGUCGCUUCACAGUUUGUUUCCUCUUGGAUAAGCAUGACGCACACGAAGCCACCCGCACACACAACGGGCAGCGGCCGCUCUCCAUCGUCGUCGUCGUCGUCGUCUUCAUCCUCUACUGCCGAGGAACAGAUAGAGGCAGUCACGCCGUCUUCUUCGUCCAUCGCGUUACCCGACAACCGCCCAUCAGCAACAGGAGCAGCGGCGGCAGCAGCAGACAUGGAGAGGACGGUGGAGGAGGCGGUGUCCCCCGCGGCACCGGAGAGGAACUUCACCGCAUCGGAAAAGCUGCGGCAAAAGAACCUCUUCCUCGACGAUGCGGAGCAAUUCGCCUUUGACUUUGGCGGCGAAGCCACAACAGUGGCGGAGACGGUGGUGGUCGGUGAGGCGGCCCUGCGUGCCGCACAACGCGCGGAAGAGCUGGAGGACGCCACCGCGCGGGCCGUCGCAGUGUCCGCCCAGCACAAGUCUGCGGUGGUCGCGGCUGGGCCGCUGACGGUGGAGGAAGUCUCGUCUUACGCGGCGGCGUCGUUAGCACGCGGCCCCCAACAGUUCAUGACGCUGCCCAAAGCCGGUGCCGUGCGGAGGCGUGCCCCGACGUCGGCAACAACGACCACCACUUCUUCUUCUGCGCUGGGGCAGUCGGCGGAUGUGGCGAAGGAUGCGUCGGAAGCCGAGGGAGCGACGUUGGCGGAGGCGAUGGCGCAGUUCAAGAUGGCCAUACGCCGUUAUGACGAGGGACUUUGGCGGGAAAACAAACUGCGCCGCGAGGAAGAGGCACAGAAGCGCGACAAGGCACGCAAACGGCAGCGCGCUUAA